AUGGUUCAGAAAAGAGCAAAUGCAUCCGAGCCACACAUAAAGAUUAGAAUACUAAAAGCAUUAGGGCACGUAACUCCCAUAGGGAUCCAUAAACAUCUUCUUAUGCUUAAAAUACUACGGAACAUGAAGAAACCGAACAUUAUAACACCAGAAAACAUUUGGGACUUUAUAAACGAUUCAUUCCAUGCCUACAAAUACGACAAAGAGGAUUAUAAAAGGUUUAUCAAGCAGGGAAGAGGAUAUGAACAUACGUAUAACACUGUAAUAGCACCUGCCCUGCAAAGAUCAAUUUAG